CUAAUGUCGUCGGCGGGCAGGACAGCAUCGCGUCUCGAAAGAAAUCCCGGCCGCACAGUGCAGUUCCACUUCAAUCAGCAUGCGACACAUGCUGAUGACGAUAUAACAAGUUAAAAAUAUAGUGAAAGAAGAAAAAACAUUCAAGCGAAAUGUUAUUACAAUUAGGGUUGGUUAUCAGUAUAGUAUUAACCGUCCAUGGAGGAUUCACCACUACUUCACUAGGACCCAAGCCAAUUUGGAAUGCGACCCACACAGAUCGCCUUCGGCAGGACCUCCUCCUUAAUUAUGAUAAAUUCGCGCGACCUGCGCAACAUUACAACGCCACAACCGUCAAAUUCGGAAUAACGCUACGACACAUUGACGUCAUCGAGAUGAAAUCUUCAUUUACAGUUCACGGAUAUGUGAAAUUACAAUGGAUAGACGAGAAACUAGUCUGGAACACUGCGGAAUAUGGAAACAUCACCACCGUCCAUCUUGCCGAUCAUGAAAUUUGGCAACCGGAUAUUUUUAUCUACAACAGUGCAACAGCUCAGGCUAUUAAUAGCUAUGGCAACACCCAUACGAUUGUUUAUAACAACGGAGAGGUUUUAUGGGUGCCACCAGCGCAAUUCACCGUUCUUUGUAAUAUUAAUCUGCGUUAUUGGCCUUUUGAUCAACAGACUUGUUCCUUGAAGUUUGGUUCAUGGACAUAUAAUGGUGAACAGAUUAAUUUGAUUAUGUAUGAUAACAAAACUGAAGAACUUGAGUCAACAUAUUUGAUUGAUAGUAAUGAAUGGAAGAUGACUGGUUCGUCAAUCGAACGUAAUUUGAUGUAUUAUUCCUGUUGUCUUGAACCAUAUCCAGAUAUUACGAUUAAUAUAACUGUGAACAGAAUUUCACCAAGUUAUAAUGCUGUUGUUAUCACCCCUGCUUUCGCUGUCAUAUUUUUGACAUUGAUGACAUUUUGGUUGCCGCCUCAAGCUGGUGAGAAGAUUAUUCUUCAAGGAUGCACAGCAAUUAUCAUUUGCAUGUUCCUGUUGUACUUUACCCAGAAAUUACCAGCGAUGGGUAGUAACACUCCUUUAAUUGUGUUGUUCUAUAGUACUUCGUUAUACGUUGUAUGUUUCUCGAUGAUAAGUUCAGUUGCGGUGAUUUGGUUGGCACGUACUCCGCACACCCUCCACUUGCCGUGGAAACUCAAACAAUCGCUCAUUGGUUGGUUGGGAAAGAGUUUAUGUCUUGGUCAUUAUAUUGCGCAAACAAACAUCAAUACUCAUCGCGUGACUGCAGAGGAAUUGAGAGACCAUCAGGGAAAUAGCGAUUUGGACGAUCGUGACCAUCAGAUGAUGGACGAUGACCGUCGUAUUAUUGACACGAAUUCCAGCCAGGCCAGCCAGCAGGAUUGGGUCCUGUUGGCGGCUGCCGUUGAUCGUCUUUCGUUUUAUUUCUAUGCGGUGCUCUUCGCCGUUUUGGCAAUCGCUUAUUCUUUGUAAAUGUAAAGAGCAUAAAAGUGCUCCUGUGGUUCAGGUAUUGCAAGCUUUUGUAAUUAUUUUAAUGUAUAUAUGUCAUUAAUGUUAAUUACAUCCGUGUAUUGGUUAAAUAAAGAUAAUAUUGGUAUACGUUUUACAACGGGCAAAAGGCGCUCUUUUGGUUGCACGACAAAUUAUCGAAUAAAGUAUUGUUGAAAGUGA